CAGAAGUCCUAUAAAUCAAUUUUUCUCUUAUCAUACAUUUCUGAAAUACUAGGCAUUGAUUACCAAAAAUUAUUAGUUGACAUUUUUGCAGUCCUCUAUUUAUAGAGUGGUCAAAGCCGCAAGAGUUGGUGUUAGUUUAUUAAAAAAGAACUUGUAUUUUAAUCAUUAUUUAAAACAAUUUAAAAAGGUUUAUCAUGUAAGAGCACAUAAGAAUAUUAUCUAACUAUGUAAUGUGCUGGUUAAUGUAGGUAAAAUAAAAUACAUUACUCUUCAAAAUUUAAAUUAGGGACUCUUAUUUCCCUUGAUAAAUAUUCUAGGCUUCCAAUAGAUUUUGCUAAAUAUAGUGGCUUAUGUGUAUUCAUAUUAGUUUUUGGCACACCAGAGAAAAGAGAAUCACCAUAUGGAGUAUUUCGUGCCUGUAGAACAAAAAGUAUAUUUUAAAUUUGAAUGAGAUUGCUAGAGAGCAUACAAUUGAUAAUCAUAGAUGAUUCAAUUGAAAACCAAUAGCUUUUUUUCUUAAUAUCUAAUUUCUUUUUUUCAAAUGAGAUGAGAAAGCAUAACAAAAUAAAGAAUAAUAUUAUAGUACUAAUUAAAAUAUUUUGAAAUAACUGAUCUAGUUAAUGCAUUCCUUGGGUUUGUUACAAAAUAUAUGUGUAUAUACACACAUAUAUGUGUAUGUGUCUCUAUAUUUUUUUAUAUCUUUAUUUAUAUAUUUAUACAUUUGUUAUUUUACAUCUACGUUAUGGAGAGAUGGAGCCACAACAUUCUUCACUUUUGUGGCAUCUUGAAGGAAAUUUCAGUUGCAUAGGUCAAUUGUGCAUAGUGCCAACAAGUUAUCCAUUUUCCUCUACUUCAAUUUACCACUCAAAAUCAAUUUCAAGAUGCUCCUUAAGUAAACUAGUCUGUUAAGGUGAUUCUACUUCAUAGGAAAUAUUAAAGGAAAAAUCCUCUUUAUAAAAGCAUAAUUGAAAAUGAUUUAAAGGAAGAGAUCAGCGAGGAACAGGCGGGUUUUCGGGCUGGAAGAUCAUGCACUGAUCACAUUUUUAGUCUCUCACAACUUAUAGAAAAGAGGAUGGCCCACGACCGUGAACUCCACAUGAUAUUUGUAGAUUUACACAAGGCCUAUGAUUCAGUACCUCUAGCGAAAUUGUGGAAAGCUUUGGAAGCCAAAUCUAUUAAGAGAUACCUCAUCAGAGCAAUUCAAGAGCUCUAUAAAAAUAUAACGGGGACUAUAAAAAUAGGAGAUAGAGUGUCUAGAAGCUUCCCCAUUAACAAAGGAUUGAAACAGGGUUGUUGCCUUUCACCUCUGAUUUUCAACAUUUAUAUAGAACAAGCCCUUAAAAACUGGAAAAGAUCGUGCUGUGGAAUGGGUGUUUAAAUCGGGAAUGAUGUCAUCUACAAUUUGCAGUAUGCCGAUGAUCAAGUCAUAAUCGCAUCGGAUCCGGAUGAUGGUAGCUAUAUGAUGUAUAUGAUGAGGAAGUUGCUAGACACUUGUUCCAGAUUGGGUCUGAAGAUCAGUGAAAGUAAAACAGAGUGCAUGGUUUUCAACGUUCCAAAUUUGCCCCUUGAAAUUGAUGACUGGACGCUAAAUAUUAGCCAGCAUUUCAAGUACCUCGGAUACUGGUUAUCUUCAAAGGGAGGUAGUGAGGUUGAUAUCGAACAUAAAAUAAAUAAUGGGAAAAGAAUAAUAAGUUCGAUAAAUUCAACCCUAUGGAGUAAAGAAAUAAGAUUAGAAACUAAAAAGAAGAUAUACCAUUCCUUUGUAGAAAGUGUUGCCACUUACGGAUCAGAAGUUUGGACACUGACAAAAAAGAUGGAAAAUAAGUUGCUUUCCAUGGAAAUGGAUUUCUGGAGAAGAAGCUGUGGCAUAUCUAGAAUCGAGCGGAUCCCAAACGCAGCUAUUAGAGACAAGGUCGGAUGUCCAAAGAACAUCCUUCACCUGAUCGGGACCAAACGGUUAAAGUAGUAUGACCACUUAAUGCGGAUGGAUGAGAACGGCUGGCCAAAGAAAAUUUAUAACUAUAUGCCACCUGAAAGAAGGAAAUGUGGAAGGCCAAAGAAGAAAUGGAUAGAGGACGUGGAGGAAAGCAUGGCAGCCAGAGGGCUUCGUGAAGGAGAUUGGAUGGACAGGGAGCAGUGGCUUUUGGGUGUUGGGGAUAUGACUCCUUAAGUUGUAUAAAACCCAAAUAAAAAAAAAUAAAAAAAUCCUCUUUAUCUGACCAGAAAGAAAACUUCUAAUUUUUUUUUUCUGUGAGUAUGCUUCCACCUCACCAAUAUUGAAAGAAAAUCUAAUAACUGUACAUUUAACUUCUUAACUGUGUGUUUUAAGUGGUCAUUUUCAUCAAAUCUUUGUGAUAAGAAAUCUAUAGAUGAGUCAUAAUUUUUAUUUUAGUUUGUUUCAGCCAUAUGCCAAUAAAAUUCUUCUGAAUUAGUUUAAACUUUUUAAAAAAUAAAUAUUCAAAACAAAAGCUACCCAAACGUAAAAAAUGGCAUUAAUCUCUUUAAUGACAUGGAAUCAUAUAUCAUUGGAUAAAAAAAGAAACAAGGAUUAUAUUGAAUGUUUUUGGAUAUAAGUAUAUUUUGACUUAUUUUCUUAGGAAACAUAUUCUUUUAUGGAGUAAAAAAAAAGUAUUACUUUUGUCCCAAUGAUCUUAUCAUAAUGGCUUCAUCUGCUGAAGGUUUAUAAUACCCAUAGAAAUGAUGUCAAUGAUUAACGAGAGUUAUUAGUUUAAAAACAGAGCCUGAUAUUAGCUUAUUCAAAAUUAGGACAGAGUUUGUAAUUUAAUUUAAAAGUGUUUUCUGGUCAAGGCUCUGGGAUUAUUUAAGAGCUUGAGCUGAGAAGACAAAUCUUUUUGAUGUCAGAUAUUCCUAAAAUUAUAAUUCAAUGUGGAAACUUUAAUUUUUUUGUUAUGAGAUUUGUCCAUCUAAUUGGGACUUAAAGCCUCUGUGUGACGCUGUUUCUUACUCAAGAAUGCUAAAGCGGACAUCUUGACAUUUUCACCCACCAUAGUCUCAUCCUUUCAAUUAAUAUUACUCACACAUAUUACUUCAAAUUUAUCUCUGCUUGUUUAUGAUUAAUGUUUUUCAUCUGAAUACCAUAUCACCAACUUACGCCAACGUUUGUUAAAUGUUGUGACUUGUCCUCUUCUUUUUUUUUGGCUUCCUGAAACAAAUUAUUUUGAACAGAAAGUGCUUAGAAUAAAUUUUCAGAUUAUUGUAAUUGUGUACCUUCACAAAAAUGCUGAGUUCUGGAUCAUGAUGGUGAAGAUCAUUAAUAUUGACCAGCGAACAGACUGUAAAGUGAAAUAAAAAUAUAUUUAUAUUAAAGGAAAAAAAAAUUAUUAAAAUAAUAAUAUUAAUCGCUACUUUUAUUGUUUGUAUUGUGUUAUUACAAUUCAGUUCUUACAAUAUUCUGUACAAUUGGUGUUAUUUUUAACCAUUUAUCAUCAUAUUUGUGUUUCAUCUAAACAUGGCAAAUUUUAAGAUAAAGGAUACUGGCUAGAAAAAAGUUGUACUUAACUUUCUGUUAUUGUUUUUAAUUCAGUUUUAGAAAUAUUUGAAAUGAGGCUAUGUUAAAUGAAUAUGUUAAGUAUAUGUGAACUUCAUUUCAUUAAAUGUAUUAUUUAAAAUUUCUGUUUACAUUAUUCGUAGAUAAUUUUUCUAUUUUUAAUACAAAUACAUUUUUCUAACUUACUCGAUUUAUCCAUAGAUAAAUUCUCUUUGUCUUUUUCACCAGCCUGAAUUCUGUACCUUCAAUUUAGAUUCCAUUACUUUAACAAUACCUAUCCCAUUACUUCAUAUUAUCAUUUUAAAAUAAUUUAUAACUCAUUAAUGCAUACCUAUGUUGUAGAGAUGUUUUUAGUUCUUCCAAUCUGGGUAUCAGUAGUGAUUCAUAUUUAUGUACUGUAUUCACCUUAUUUCUUGGAAGUUUUUUGAACUCUUUGAAUUUUUUUGCAUGAUUUAACAGAAUGAGGCACCUUCUGAUGUAUAAAUAUUCUAUUUCUUCAUCCAUUGAUUUAUAAGCUUGGAUGACUUGAUCAUACAACUCAUAGAUCUUACUUAUGCACCUUUACAAUAAAAAAUUAAAGAGAAUAGUUUUUUUUUUAAAUUUAAUUAUCCAAGUACAAAAAAAAAAUGAAAUUCAUUCAAUGUAAUAAUGGAAUGUGCUACAUAUUAUACUAUACAGGCAUAUAAAUUUCCUUAAUUUUGGAGUUUUUAAAUUGGAUCUGAGAAGACAGAAAAGCGACUUGCUGAUUGGAAGUUCUAGAUGCUAGGAAGAAAAAACAGAAAGUCUAGGUAUGCUCAGUAUAAAAACAUUAAACUACCCCUCCUUCUUCACUGUGGACAUUCAGCCUGUGAAAACUGUGUUAACAUUGAACUUAAAAGCAAAAAUGAGCUCCAAUGCAAACUUUGUGAUAGCAUUUCAACUGUCUCAGCUGAGUUUAGUCAGAAUGACGUUUCCAAAGAAUUUCCUGUCAAUCAUUAUUUGGCUGGCUUAUGGUAUUUGAAAAUAGUGAUUAGUUGUUCUGAUCUCGACUCUUCUAUUGGUUUUUCGAAACCAAAACGUAAAUGUAAAUCUUUUAGAGCAAUGUUAUGUAAUGAAUGUGGUGCCAACCCUUCCGAUUUUCAUUGCAAGCAGUGCGAGGCGCCCUACUGUCAGCAAUGUUUCAAGCUGGUUCAUGCAUCUGCCAAAGCUUUCAGAAAUCAUGUCAGGAUGUCUUUAUUGGAUUCCUAUUUAUGCCUCGACGCUGAUUUAUCUAUGAUGUGCUUGACCCAUAGCAAACACAAACUUGAAUUUUUUUGCCUCCCUUGUCGUACUACAGCUUGCUCCUAUUGUUUGGUCGAAUCACACAAUGGUCAUACAGUGGAUAAAAUUGAAAAUGUGGAUAUUGAUUUUGAAGAAGAAUUUAUUCAACGGUAUAUGGAUGUGUCAAAUAUUGUUGCAAGACUGAAGUCUUCUAAAAAGUUAGCUGAUAAUAUUUAUCAUAAUGACAAAGACAUUCGUGAAGUUAAAAAGACUGAGGAAGAAAUUAGCGAGUAUUUUAUCUUACUCCAUGGUAAACUCACUUUAAUUGAACACCAAAUUCGUAAGAAAUUGUUAUCUGCCAACACCAGAAAACAUUUAGAAGAGAUUAUUAAAAAUUUGACUGGAUAUAUUGAGGAUGCAGAGACAAUUUUGGCUUCCACGAGAACUUUAUUCAGUGAUGGAUCAGCUGUUGGUCCUAAAUGUCUAGCGGUUAUAGACAAUUUGAAGUCUCGUCAGGAAUUACCAUGCUAUUUAGUUGAAUCGGCUUCUUGGAAGGAACCUAGAUUUCAUGCUGAUCAAGAAUUUAUAAACAUUUUGGAAAAACAUUGUGAUUUGGAAUUAGUGGAUGGACCUCGGUACCAAUUAGUCACAAAAGAAAAGGUACCAACUGAUUAUAAGGUUUCACCCAUUAAGGAUCUUACAAGGGAUGAAGUUCUGCAGUUACUGAAAAAACCCUAUCUUAUUGUUGAUUCAACCCCUCCUUCUCCUUCAGAAGGAACAAUCAGUCCAUCACCUUCUCUAACUAGUGAAAAAUCUUACUCAUCACAGACUCGUGAUCAUCCGCCAAAGACUCUUCUUUAUGCAGAUGAAAUAGCUGUGGGUUGUUCACUCAGGGUCCGUAUAAGUCACCUAAUAUCUCCCUCACAUUUUUACGUUCAGAGAGAGAAUGCUCAGAAGAAAUUACUUGAAUUUCAAGCAUCUCUGAGGACUUCACAAGUUCAGCAAUAUAAACCUCCAUAUAAUCCAGAAAAAGGUAAACUUUAUUUGACACUGUACGGAGCUGACAGCAAGUGGUACCGAUCCAGGAUUACUAAUAUUAUCGAUCCCAGGAAAUUUGAAGUAUUUUAUGUUGAUUAUGGCAAUUCUGAAAUUGUUGACAAAUCUAGGAUAAGAAGUAUUCCAAAAUCAUCUCUGAACAUGCCAUGUUUGGCUUAUAGAUGUCAGUUGGCAGAUUGUGUGCCUAGGUAUGGAGAAGAAUGGGAUGCCCAGGCUAUUUCUCUGAUGACUGAAAUCAUGGAUGAUGAUUUUGUUACUAUAACUGUCAUCGACAAAACUAAUAUUUCGUAUGUAGUAGAUUUGCAUAAAGUGACUGAAAAUUCUUUUAUCAAUCUUCGUCAAUCAUUAGUCUUCCAUGAAUUAGCUUCGAUGACAAAGAUGCUUAGCCAAACGACAGAUAUUAGUGUGCAACAGACUCUAACAACACCACCUCAGCAGAGUUACAAUGAGGGAAGUGUCUUCGAAGGGCAUGUUUCAUAUGUUGAUUCUCCUCAUACUUUUUAUGUUCAAGAUCUAACGAACGGUAAAAAACUUACACAAUUGGCUGAGGACUUGCAAAGAGCCUAUGGUAUUAAGAAUUCACAAAAGAAUGCCAUCUAUGAUCCUAAAAAAGGUAUGCUUGUUGCUGCUUGUUAUAGUAAAGAUUCAAAUUGGUAUCGAGGAAAAAUUUUAGACUAUCUUGAAGGAAGAAAAGUUAAAAUAUUUUUCAUUGAUUUUGGGAAUGUAGAGACAUUAGUUUGUGAUAAUAUUAAAUUGUUAUUACAAAGAUUUUGCUAUCUCCCUGCCCAGGCUCUCAAAUGUACUCUAUCUGAUGUGUACCCGUUUGGUGGAACAGAUUGUUGGAAUGAAGAAAUAUGUUCUGAAUUUCAUGAAUUAGUGUUUGAUAAGCAAUUUAAAUUACUUGUAGAAAGUGUAGGAGUUGGAGAGUUAACUGUUGUUUUGUAUGAAGUUUCUAAGGAAGCUGAUAUAUGUAUUAAUGCCAAGAUUGUGAAAGAAGGUUUAGCCAUGAGCACUGGACCCAACUCUGUUCUUGUUGUGUUCCCUAAAAUUUCAGAAAAACCAAUAGAUCCGACAUUUCAGAUUAUGGCAGUAGAAAAAAAAAAAGUUAGUAAGAAAAUGACUAAACCUAUUAAAUUUGAUGGCGAUUCUCAUCUGACGGACUUCUUCAUUAUGAUGCCCGAAGGUGUGGUUAGAACUAAAGUGACCGUUAAAAGUAUUCACAAUCCUGGAGAAUUUUAUGUUAUGCCUGCCUGUUUCCAAGAAAGAGUUGAUAAAUUAAAAUUUGACCUCCAGGAAUUUUAUGGAAACAGAAGAAUGAACUCUAGUCAAAAAUCCUGGGUCGUUGAUGAUAGAUGUGUUGUGAAUUGUGAUGACACCUGGCAUAGAGCAAUAAUAUUACAAAUCUUACCAAAUGAUUCAUUUAUAAAAGUUAAUUUAGUUGACGAAGGCUGUGAAAAAAUAGUAGAUUGUAAAAAUAUCGACAUUAUGGAUAACAGUUUCGCUGAAGUACCAGAUGGUGUUGUAAAAUGUCAUCUUGGUGGAUUAGAACCUACUCUUAAUCAGUGGUCAGCACUGUCUGUUUCCGAAUUUGAAGAAUUUGUAAAUAACAGAAAGGAUAGCCUCUAUAUAAGUCAAUUAGGGAAAAUAAGAGAUGAUUCUCUGCCAAUAGAGCUGUUUUCUCGGACACCUUUAGAUGUUGGCCCUACCGAACCUAUGCAAGAUGAUUGGAAAAGUCUGAAUCAUUAUCUUAGAUUUAUUGGAUUGGCUAAGGCUGAUGGAAUGGUUGAAUGGGACAGUGAUGGAAACAUAUUAAAUAUGCCUAAAGUAAAUAAUGACGGUUCUUCAAUUUUAGAUGCAUUAUUUAAAGAUUCAUUAAACUUAAAUGAGGAAAACGAUGUUGAAGAGAAUUCCAAUACAGAUAAGACAGUAACUGAAAAUCCUGAGAGACUGAUGGUUAGAUCCUGGAUCCCUCCAGAUCCACUUACUAAAUUCGAGUUUAUUGCAGCUCCUACUUUUGUCGAUGAAGAUGGCAUAGUUUACCUUCACGAUUUCUAUAAAAGUGAGAAAUUGUUGCAAGAAAUCAGUUCAGCCCUUUGCACAAAAUAUGAUAAUAGUAUUCCUCAUUUACACGAUUCAACCAUAGAAGUGGGUGAUAUAUGCGUUGCUAAGUAUCACCUUGACAAUAAAUGGUACAGAGCUGUACUUUUAGCGAAAUGUUUGGAAACAAGUGAAUACACAAUAAGAUUUGCUGAUUAUGGAAAUGUUGAAGUUUGUAAGCUGGGAGAAAUGAGAAAAAUUCCAGUAGCCCAGCACAUACCAAUCCAAUGUUAUAAAUGUUGCUUUCAUACACUUAAGCCUAUUGACCCUUCAGGUAUGUGGAAACAGAGAGAUAUCGAAAUAAUUCAAUACAAUAUAGUGGAUAAAUAUUGUCAAAUAAAACUGGUUGAGAUUCCUGAUUCUGAUAUAUAUGGGAUUGAAAAACUUCAACUGCCUGAUGGGCGUGAUUAUGUUAAUGAAAUAGUGAAAGAAUUUUUCGCCAUUUACAAAAAUUCAGAUGAUUCAGGUGAUGAUUCUGAAAUGGUUAAUCCAAAGUCAGAAUCAGAGAGUGCUUGUAGUAUAGUUGAAUUGAAACCUGUUUUGGAAACGACCAAGACGGAAGAACUUGGUAUAGUUGAAAAUGGAAUUAAGAAGACACCAAUCCUACACUGGUCUUCUGUUUUAAAAACUUUAUCAAAGAAAGAUAUGCCAAAGUUGGUGUUUAAAAUUUUUGAAAUUCCACCUGUUGUGAAAUCAUUAAUAGUAGAUGUGACAGCAUUCUUAUCUCCUAUCCAAGUUAUUUUACAUAUUGAAGAUGUGGAAGAAGAUCCUGUGGUACUCAAGAUGCUGGACGAUUUUAGUGAACUAUCAGAUGAAAUGCAAAUUGAAGGGCCGAACCAACCAUUGUUGCAACAUCCUUACAAGUACAAGGCUUGUUGUGCUACGUUCUCUAUGGAUAAAAAGUGGUACAGAGGAUUUGUUUUAGAAGAAUUGCCGGAUGACAUGCUCUUAGUGCAAUAUGUUGAUUAUGGGAAUGUAGAAGUUGUUCCUGGUUCAUGUGUUCAUGAACUGAAGGAAGAAUGGGCCAACCUUGAAGUGCAAGGAUUACUUUGUACUUUGUACAAUGUAGCCAUGAAUGAAAAUUGUAAUACUUCUGAUAUAUUACAUGCUAUACAGGAUUGUUUGGGACAAGACACAAUAAAAGCUGAUAUUGUGGAACGGAAUCCUGAUCUCACAGUAGAACUUGUGAUCGAUGAGAAGUUGGCCUAUCAGCCACUCAUAGAUCUAAAAAUGCUAAAGUUAAUCAAUUGAUAAGAUUUUUAUUUAUUGCUCUGUAAUUAUUUUUAGAAAUUUAAUUUCCUGAUUGUUCCUAGCGAAUGCUUUUAAAAUUUUAUUUCGUUAGAUAUUUUUAUUGUAUUAAAUCAUAUUUUAAGAAUAUAGAUUCAUUCUAUAAAGUAUACUUUAAUUUUUUUGUAUAAAAUUCUAUUUACUUGUAUAUUGUUUUAAAUGUAUUAAACCUAUUUUUAAACCAGAACAACAAUAUUUGAGAUUUUUCUUAUAUGAAAUGAGGUUUAUUAUUUUAUAUUUUAAGGUGUUCAUCAUGUUCUAUCAUAUUUAUAUCCACAGAUAAUUAACUAGAAGAAAAUUUUUUAUAAUUAUUUGUUCAUUCCAAACAUUAUAUUUUAUUGUUUUGUUAUUUUUUGUCAAUAAAUAAAAACUUGAAGCAAAAUUAUGUAAUUAUUUGUUUAUCUUAUCUUAUUCUUUUUUCUUAAUAAAAAAAU